AUGGGUUACAAAAUUCUAAAAUUGGCUUCCUCUCCUUUUCGGAAUGGAAGCCUCAGGAUUGCAGUUAGGCAAUAUGCCACCACACAUGAAGCAGAUGUUGUUGUAAUUGGUUCGGGCCCUGGCGGUUAUGUCGCUGCCAUCAAAGCUGCACAGUUAGGAUUCAAGACCAUUUCAGUUGAAAAGGAUCCUACACUAGGUGGAACAUGUUUAAAUGUGGGUUGUAUUCCAUCAAAGGCAUUGCUCCACAAUUCUCACUUAUACCAUAUGGCAAAGCACGACUUUAAGCAAAGGGGCAUUGAAGUUGGUCAAUUAUCCUUUAACUUUGACACUAUGAUGACUUACAAAACAAAUGCAGUAAAGGCUCUGACUGGGGGAAUCGCUAUGCUUUUUAAUAAGAACAAGGUAAAAUUAGUCAGAGGCGUAGGAUCAAUAGUCGCACCAAACAAAGUCGAAGUAAAAGGAGAGAAGGGAGUCGAAACAAUAAACACAAAAAACAUCAUUAUUGCAACUGGAUCAGAAGUUACGCCCUUCCCAGGUGUUACGUUUGAUGAACAACAAAUCAUUACAUCCACCGGCGCCCUCGCACUAAAAAAAGUUCCCAAGAAGAUGUUGGUCAUCGGGGCCGGCGUGAUCGGUCUCGAGCUGGGCUCGGUGUACCAGAGGCUGGGCGCAGACGUCACCGCCAUCGAAUUCUUAGAUACUAUUGGAGGCGUCGGCAUCGACGGUGAGGUGUCGAAGACGCUCGAGAAGCUGUUGACGAAGCAAGGAAUGAAGUUCAAGCUCGGCACCAAAGUCACCUCCGUGAAGAAAGAGGGCGGAGCGGUGAAGGUCGGCGUCGAAGGUUCCAAGGGAGGGAACAAAGAGACGCUGGACUGCGACGUGGUGCUGAUCUCCAUCGGCCGCCGACCCUACACCCGGGACCUGGGGCUGGACAAGGCGGGCAUCGCCCUGGACGACCGAGGCAGAGUGCCCGUCAACAACAAGUUCCAGACCACCGUCCCCGGGAUCUACGCGAUCGGAGACUGCAUCCACGGACCCAUGCUGGCGCACAAGGCGGAGGACGAGGGAAUCGUCUGCGUCGAGGGCAUCAAGGGUAUGCCGGUGCACUUCAACUACGACGCGAUCCCUUCGGUCAUCUACACUUCGCCCGAGGUGGGCUGGGUCGGCAAGUCGGAGGAGGAUCUCAAGAAAGAGGGCAAGGCGUACAAGGUGGGCAAGUUCCCGUUCCUGGCCAACUCCCGAGCCAAGACCAACGGGGAGGCCGAGGGCUUCGUCAAGGUGUUGGCCGACAAGGCCACCGACGUCAUCCUCGGCACUCACAUCAUCGGGCCGGGCGGCGGCGAGCUCAUCAACGAGGCCGUGCUGGCUCAAGAGUACGGGGCGGCGGCCGAAGACGUCGCUCGGGUCUGCCACGCCCAUCCCACGUGCGCUGAAGCUCUGCGGGAGGCGAAUCUGGCCGCGUACUCCGGGAAACCGAUCAACUUCUAA